GGCUUGCCGAGUCCACUUGCCGAGCUCCCGCUCGAUGCCAUCCACUUUGUAGACUCCGCACAGGGCUUGUCCCACGUGCUCACCUUCCUUCAGCAGGCUGCGCCAGCCUACGUUGGAAUUGAUCUCGAGUGGUCUGAUCCACAGCCUGUCUCCAUCAUCCAGAUAGCAACGCCAAGCAGAGCUUUCGUCCUGGAUUGCGUGAACCGUACGCCGCUCUACAUGUCAGUCCUGCACUGUGUCAUGGACUACGUCAUGAAGCGGGAAGAGAUGACGAAGCUCUUCUUCGGAUUCCCCCAUGACCUUAUCCGACUGAACAUGCUCUUCGGCCCGUACGGUCGAAGCUUCAGCGGCAAGGACUACCUCGCAAGCGUACUGGACCUCUACACUCAGCGGGUUCGGAGGGUGCAGGUAACGAAUCCUCGCGCAGAGGACACUCCGCUCGGGCGAGAGAGCCUGAUGGGCGAAGCUUUGCAGGUGGAUGACUUUACAAAGAUAGCAGAGAUCGGCGAGCAUCCGCUGCCACCAUAUCCUAUCCAGGAGCUCUCGGAACAGGUGUUCAUAGUGGGAGGCCACCAGUCUUUGUCUCGCAUGGUGGAAAAGUAUCUGGGCGAGACCCUCAACAAGCAGUACCGGGUCAGCAAUUGGAACUUCCGUCCGUUGAGUGCCUCACAGGUCAUCUAUGCUGCAACAGAUGCACACAUCCUUCUGCGGCUGGAAUCUGCCCUGCGAGAGCAGCAAGUGUUGCCGCAGCGCAUCUGGGGUGUGUCUGCUCGGGACUCAACUCAGCCGGCCUGGUGGCGGGACAGCGCAAGGACUCCAGCAGCACAAAACCGGAUAUCGUGCCUCGCAGGGUGCGCAUACCCAGCAAUGCAUAACCGUCUCUCGAUGCAGGGUGUAGAUCAAGCUUUGGACAGAUUUGGUGUUGCGGCUCCGAUGCUGUUGAGCAUGUCCCAGAUGCUCAGCUUCAAUUCAGCUGAUUCAGCUUUGAGCUACAAAUAA